AUGGCCCUCAUCCUGGUCCUCCUCUGCAAGGGCAGGCCCUCCCAGGGGCAGCUCAUGCCCCAGUCCAGGCAGGAGCGGUAUCGCCUCAUGACAGGCGCAUGUGCAAGCUUGGACAUCCCCUGCCUCCUUACAGGCCACCAUGCAGAUGACCAGGCGGAGACCUUCCUGCUGCGACUGGCAAGAGGCUCCGGCAUUGAUGGGCUGCAGGGCAUGAGGAGCUUGGUUCCCUUUGUGGCAGGUGGCAUGCAUGGCAGGAUCCUGAGGCCAUUGCUAUCUCUGCACAAGGCGGAUCUUACGGAAGUCUGCAGAUCUGCCGGGCUUCCCUGGGCAGAGGACCCCACAAAUGCCAACACCGCCUACGCCAGAAACAAGAUGCGGGCAGGCUGCUGCUAG